GAUAUAAGUGUCGCGCCCCAGGUCGCUCGCUAUUUCGCCCUCUCUCUCUCUCUUCUGUGUCUGCAUUGUUGAAGCAAAGGCUUUCUUGUCGCCUUACCACACUCGUUUUCUCCCUCUCUCUUGCUUUCCCGGGGAUUAUCUUUGUAUAAUUCCUAUCCACUCGUUCUAAUACACCACAACAACACAUCAACAAUCACAAUGAAGACUGCUGUGCUCGCGGCCUUGGUCGGCCUGACCGUCGCCCUUCCCAACGCCGCUCCCGUCGCCAAUGGCAAGCGUGAGGCAAAGCCCCAAGGCUUUGGCCCAUGGGGUGGAUGGGGCAGCUGGCACCCAGAGGGCGGUCCCCCAUCCGGUCCCCCGUCUGGGCCGCCGUCUGGUCCUCCGUCUGGAGGCUUUGGUGGAUGGUACCCCGGUGGAGGGUCCUCGUCGGGAAGCUCUAGUGCGGCCCCAUGGUGGUUCGGCUGGAGCCCCUACAACCACGGCGUGCCUCGCCCUGAGGAGCACCAUGGCAGCCACCACGGACAUCAUCACGGACACCAUGGCCACCACGGCAACAAGCACCACGGUGGAAGCCCGAGCUACCCUAACGGCCCGUCUGGAGGCUCUCCCAGCUACCCCAACGGUCCCUCGGGCGGCUCUCCCAGCUACCCCAAUGGUCCCUCGGGCGGCUCUCCCAGCUACCCCAACGGCCCAUCUGGAGGCUCUCCCAGCUACCCUAACGGCCCAUCCGGCGGCAACGGCCCCUCCGGCGGACACCCAUGGUGGUGGUCCCCAUCUCACCAGAGCCCGCCGUGGGUGCACCCCCACCCUCCCGUCCACCCGACGCCCACCCACCACUACCCGCACCCGGGAUGGCACCCAACACACACCUCUCACCCCACCCAAACCGUCAUCCCCUACGGCUACGGCCAGCCUCCCAGCUACGGCCGUCACUAGACGUCGCCUCGACACACUGGACGGCAGGGAAACGGCAGACAAGAUCUUACGGGCAACUUUGACCGGCGCAUUGGGUGGUAAUUGGUGGACGGAUAAUCAGUCUCUUCUCGCGCCCCGCCUCGACCUGUUCCUCUCUCCUCGAGCGGGCGCGCAUCUCUCUCUCGCAUUUCCUUGACAAGCAAUCGUUCCGAACUCCCGACGACUCCCCCGAUGGCCGACACAGCUGCGCCUCUGCACCGGUACAACAUGGCUAAUCGGUAUCUCUAAUGAGGGCGUGCGGGCGAAACGACUGCGCUUUGUGCUUUGCGAAUCAUACCCCCCCUUUCUAUACAUCUAUGUAAUGGUAUUUAGCAGCGCUGUGCCACGCGCGCGGCGGCCUGAUGAAAACUACACCUUGAUGACCUCUUGGUUUCACUUCGAAUAUAUAUGUAUCGGCCGAUAUGCCGUUUUAUUCUCUUCAAAA